AGCGAUUCCGCCUCCGUUGUCGACCUUCUAUCCUGGAUGUGUGGAGGUGCUUUUCAGCUAGCAUGAGAGCGUAACACUAGCGUAAGCACUGUGCGUCUCACCCUGAUGUGACACAUCAGCCCUGCUGCAGCUCCACCAUGAACACAAAAUCGUGUGUAUCUCUGCUCCAGCUCUCUGGAACGGGGCUCAGACUUUGUGCAUCCACGACCCCUCAGUGCAGAGCUGGAGCCUUGAGUCUAACAGUGACUUCCACGUGUCUUUCACGUACCUCGGCCUUCUUUCCUGUACCCUGCACACGCUCUUACUGCAGUAACAUCAAAGAACGUUCCUAUCUUCAGUACAUAAAACGCGUGAUUAUACCCCCUCCCAGUCCUCCGUAUACUCAUGUGUGCCAGGUAGGGGACCCAGUGCUGCGUUCACAUGCAGCUGCUGUUGACCCUGCAGUGAUAACAGGCCCUGAAAUCCAAAAGGUCAUUAAGACCAUGGUGAAAGUAAUGCGGAAGCGUGAUUGUGUGGGACUGAGUGCACCUCAGAUUGGGGUGCCGCUCCGCAUCUUGGCCCUGGAAUAUCCCGAGAGGAUGUUGGAAGAGAGUUCGACUGCAUCGAGGAAGGCCCGUGGUCUCUCCGCCCAGCCCCUGAGGAUCUUUGUGAACCCCCAGCUGAGAGUGCUGGAUGGACGGACUGUGGUUUUUCAGGAAGCUUGUGAGAGCAUCUCAGGCUUCUCUGCUGCAGUUCCUCGCUACCUGUCUGUGGAAGUGUCUGGUCUGAAUGAAAAGGGUGAAGCUGUCACGUGGCAGGCCAGCGGCUGGCCAGCUCGUAUCGUCCAACACGAGAUGGACCACCUGGAUGGGGUCCUCUACAUUGACCGCAUGGACACCAAGACCUUUAUCAACAUUCACUGGCAGCAACACAAUGAAUAGAAGACGGGCAGAUCCUCAGGACAGACCCCAGACAUUUACGUAAGGAUCUGUAAAAGGGAUGAUACGGAGUGAGAAUAAAACCUGAGCACUAGGAUCAUCGAGAACUGUUUGAAGUGUGAAAUGUAAAAGACUUUCACAGAUACUGUUCUCAUUGGACUGGCAGUUUUACAGUGGAGAUGUGGAUGAGUCUGCAUGAGCCUAAUCAAAUGGGGGCAGGGGACUCGGGACAUGUCUGGGACGUGGGUGGACAUGACCCACUGACCCACCCAUGUCAACUGAAACCUUAUCAAACAUGCCUCAAUAUGUCAGCUUGACUUCUAGGAAAUUAUUAUGGCCACAACGAAUAAAUAAUCAAUAAAAAUAAGAAUCUGCAGAUUCA